CACUUCCUUGCAAGCCGUGGAGCCCUCGCCACAAUGAAGCACUUUAUGGUCCUGCUCCUGCUGAUGAGUUUAUGCACCCAGACAGUGCUGUCCCUGUAUUGUUUCAGAUGUGAUCGUGCAAAAUCCCAUGCAGAUUGUAGCAGCUCCAUUAAGUGCUCCGACCUGGAAAGAUACUGUGUGUCACAAACCCAGCAGGGACCCGGGGAGUCGCUGAUGAUUAGCAAAUGGUGUUCCCCGGAAUGCCCCCAAUUCAUCACGGAAAUCAAAGGGGCGAACGUCUCCACAGAGUGCUGCCAAACUGAUUACUGCAACAGCGGUGGGCCCAGCAGUGUGCAAAGCAGCUGUGCCCUGGUGAUGGUGGCAACCCUCGCCAGCUUCUGCUACAUCCUCCAGAAAGUGUUGUGAUGGGGGCCACCAGAAGAAGAAAGGCCUGGGGUGGCUCUUUAGAUGUUCCUUGGAUGCCCUCAACCCCCUGGCUUCUUAUUUUGGUUUAACUGAGUUCUCUUCUACACAGCAUCCAGAAUCAUAGUCCUCUUCUCCAACUCCUCCUGAUCCAGGAUACCAUCUUGUAAAAACGCC